AUGGCGAGCGCCAGCACCACGACACCGUCCUCCUGCCGUGGCUCGACUAGUACGGUGGCGGGCCCCACAGGACAAAGCCAUAGGGGAGUCGCAGGGCUGUACACGGCAACACCUCCAGCUAUUGUUGUUGUUGUUGCUGCUGCUAUAGUUGCUGCUCCUGCAGCUCUUGCUGCCGGUGCAGCUCCAGCUCCUCCUCCAGCUGCUGUUGCCGCCGCCACUGCUCCUAAAGUUCCUACUAUCGCCGCUGCUUCGACAGACGGAGGACGACCCUCCUACCGGUCCCACGGCCAGCAGGCCUCGAGCCGCCGCCCAUCGAGGCCCCCGGUUUCUCGAGGGCAGGAGCGGGCCUCGGCUCCACUCUCCCCGCCUGACGAUCCUCAGGACUAG